AUGGCGGAGGAGGCUAAAGAAGAGCUGCUCGAAUUCGAGACAGCGAUGAAGGACUUCUCGAUGAUGUUCCCAUCGAUUUCGAAGGAAGAAAUUGAACGAGUUUUGAGGGCGAAUGACGGCGACGUUGCGAGGACAAUCGACGACCUUCUACUCAUUUCUCUUGAGGCAACUCAAAUCUCAACAGCACCAUCGAGCUCGUGUCGAAGUCAAAGUGCGCCAUCCCCUGCCAAGGUAAGAGACAAAUAUGGGCAUAAAAAUUGUGGUGUAGAAGAGCAGAAGGGCGAAGAAGUGAAGCAAGAAUGA